GCGGCAGUGGGUGCUGGGACUCUGCGUGCUGGGAUCCCAGCUGGCACAGGGACUCUGGGUGCUGGGACCCCGGGUGGUGAGCAGCAGCGGUGCUGGGAUCCCAACUGGCACAGGGGGGUGGGUGCUGGGACCCCAGCGGGUGAGUGACGGCGGGUGCCGAGACCCUGUCUGGUGCAGGGUGGUGGGUGCUGGGACCCCGGGUGGUGAGCAGCAGUGGUGCUGGGACCCCGGCUGGCACAGCAGUGGCAGGAGGGCUCAGUGAAUGCAGAGAGGGGCCCUGGGAGCCCUGUCCCAGCACCGCGUGGUGUGGGAGAGGCGUAGCCAGGAGCACGAGGGCUGCGAUGCCCUGGGUGCUGGCAUGGCCCUGCUAACAUCACCAGCAAGGAGCCGUGGCAGCAGCUGGCAGGAGCUGCCAUGCAGCACCUGCUUGAGGCCUCACACCUCUGCCUGCAUCCUCCAUGGUGCCAGGGCUGUAGUGCCUGCCAGCAGCAGGAGAGCAAUCCCCAGCACAGGCUGCCAGGCUACGGAGGACACAGCGAGGACGUGUCCCAUCUACCCAGCACUGCUGGCGGUGACUCAGCUGCUCCAACUCAAGCAACCCAGCAAGCACGGAGUGGAGCAGGCUGAAGGGGCCAUCAUGGCCAGCGUCAUCCUUGAGAGCAUCUUCUUGAAGCGCUCGCAGCAGAAGAAGAAAACGUCUCCCCUCAACUUCAAGAAGCGCCUGUUCCUGUUGACAGAGAGCAAGCUGUCCUACUACGAGUAUGACUUUGAGCGGGGGCGCCGGGGCAGCAAGAAGGGCUCGGUGGACAUUGAGAAGAUCACCUGUGUGGAGACGGUGGUGCCGGAAAACAACCCUCCCCCUGAGCGGCAGGUCCCGAGGAAAGGAGAGGAUUACAACAACAUGGAACAGAUCUCAAUCAUCGAACGGUUCCCCUACCCCUUCCAGGUGGUAUAUGACGAAGGGCCCCUCUACGUCUUCUCCCCGACGGAGGAGUUGCGCAAGCGCUGGAUCCAUCAGCUGAAGAACGUGAUCCGAUACAACAGUGACCUGGUACAGAAGUACCACCCCUGCUUCUGGAUCGAUGGCCAGUACCUGUGCUGCUCCCAGACAGCUAAGAAUGCCAUGGGCUGCCAGAUCCUGGAGAGCAGGAAUGGCAGUUUAAAAGCUGGGCGGUCACAUCGCAAGACAAAGAAGCCUCUUCCCCCUACUCCUCAGGAGGACCAGAUGGUGAUGAAGCCCCUGCUCCCCGAACCAACCCCCAGUACAGCAGGUGAGAUGAAGAAGGUGGUGGCCCUCUACAACUACCUGCCGAUGAACGCGCAGGACCUGCAACUGCAGAAGGGCGAGGAGUACCUAAUCCUGGAGGAAAGCCACCUGCCCUGGUGGAAAGCCCGUGACAAGAACGGGAGGGAAGGAUACAUCCCCAGCAACUACGUCACUGAAACCAGGAAUUCCCUGGAGAUCUUUGAGUGGUACUCAAAGAAUAUCACUCGGAGCCAAGCAGAGCAACUGCUGAAGCAGGAGGGCAAGGAAGGGGGCUUCAUUGUCCGAGAUUCCACCAGCAAGACAGGGAAAUACACUGUCUCCGUCUAUGCCAAGUCUUCUGUAGACCCCCAAGGCAUGAUCCGCCAUUACGUUGUAUGCUGCACCCCCCAGAAUCAGUAUUACCUGGCAGAAAAGCACCUCUUCAACACCAUCCCGGAGCUCAUCACGUACCAUCAGCACAACUCUGCAGGGCUCAUAUCCAGACUGAAGUACCCAGUGUCCCCCCACCAGAAAAGUGCUCCUUCCACAGCUGGCCUCGGCUAUGGGUCGUGGGAGAUUGAUCCAAAGGAUCUGACCUUCCUGAAGGAACUGGGGACGGGACAGUUUGGCGUGGUGAAGUAUGGAAAAUGGAGAGGCCAGUACGACGUUGCUAUCAAGAUGAUCAGGGAAGGCUCCAUGUCAGAGGAUGAGUUUAUCGACGAAGCCAAAGUCAUGAUGAACCUGUCUCAUGAGAAGCUGGUGCAGCUCUAUGGGGUCUGCACCAAGCAGCGUCCUAUCUUCAUCAUCACUGAAUACAUGGCCAAUGGCUGCCUCCUGAACUUCCUGAGGGAAACUCGGCGGCGGUUCCAGCCUGCUGAGCUGCUGGAGAUGUGCAAAGAUGUCUGUGAAGCUAUGGAGUACCUGGAAUCCAAGCAGUUCCUGCACCGAGACCUGGCUGCUCGCAACUGUUUGGUGAAUGACCAAGGAAUUGUGAAAGUAUCAGAUUUUGGCCUUUCCAGGUAUGUUCUAGAUGACGAGUAUACAAGCUCCAUGGGGUCAAAGUUUCCCGUGCGGUGGUCUCCCCCUGAAGUGCUUCUGUACAGCAAGUUCAGCAGCAAGUCUGACGUCUGGGCUUUUGGCGUUCUCAUGUGGGAAGUUUAUUCUCUGGGAAAGAUGCCUUAUGAGAGAUUCAAUAACAGCGAGACCACCGAGCAUGUCAUCCAAGGCCUGCGCCUCUACCGCCCGCAGCAGGCAUCGGAGCGGGUCUACACCAUCAUGUACAGCUGCUGGCACGAGAAGGCAGAGGAGCGCCCCACCUUCACUGCGCUGCUGGGCAGCAUCCUGGACAUCACGGACGAGGAACCCUGAGCCCCGGUGACGCCCAGGCGCUGACGGCUGCUGCUGCGGGACCGGUGCUGCCGCAGCGCCGGCGGGGACGGACCUGAGCAUCGGGCGGAACCGCGGACACGGCACUGCCCGCCUCCGCGGGGUAUGAGGAGCCCCCAUCGCACCCCGAGGAGCGCGGGCGUCGCAGUCCCGGCCACGUGCGCAAUAAACAGUU